CCAUUCAUUACCAGGCAGUGUGGAAGUAGAUUUGUUCCUCCAGACUUACCACCUCGUGCCCCUUCCCCUCCCCACCCCCCGGUACGAACUUCUUGUUAGUGGACAACAUCAUUUUUACAGCAAUAUAAUCGGUGGACCGUCAAUCUGAACGAAGCACAUACGUCCUGUAUACACACUUUGCUUUUUCCUGCAUCCAGAAGAAAGACCGACCCAGAAAAUUCACGCGAUCAACGAAAAAUUCCGACGCCCCCAUUGUUAAUUAAAGGGAAAUUCGUCAUUGAUUGUUUUACAAAGAAAUUAAUCCUAUUUAAUUUUUUUUCCCUCUCUCUCAACAGGAUUGAACUUGAGAUAGUGGCACUGGGCAACUCGACAAACCUAUUGACCCUGUUCCCACAUCAACGCAUUUUGAAACAGCUGCUCGGGCCGCCCAAACUCCCCCUACUUUUUCGCCUUUCUCACAAUCAAAGACAAUACAAAAAAAGAUUGAAUCAAUUUGUGGACGAAGGACAAAAAAAAAUUUAAAACUAUAAUAAAAUUCCCAAGCACAGACACAAAAAAAAAAUAGACAAGGACUCUUAACUUAAUUAUGUCAACUAGAGCUCAAUCAAACACGGCUGCAUUAGCAGCAGCAGCAGCUCAUAAUCCAAAUUCCAAUGCAUCAUCAAAUCUGAAUAAUUCAGUGGUUGGACUUCAUUAUAAAAUUGGUAAGAAAAUUGGAGAAGGAUCAUUUGGUGUGAUUUUUGAAGGUACAAAUAUAAUAAAUGGAGUACCAGUUGCCAUUAAAUUCGAACCAAGAAAGACGGAAGCCCCACAAUUAAGAGAUGAAUACCGUACUUAUAAACAUUUACAAGGUAGUGAGGGAAUUCCAAAUGCUUACUAUUUUGGUCAAGAAGGAUUACAUAACAUUUUAGUGAUUGACCUUUUAGGACCAUCUUUGGAAGAUUUAUUUGAUUGGUGUGGACGUAGAUUUUCCGUUAAAACGGUGGUUCAAAUUGCCAUUCAAAUGUUAUCUUUGAUUGAAGAAGUUCAUCGUCAUGAUUUAAUCUAUAGAGAUAUCAAACCAGAUAAUUUUUUGAUUGGUAGACAAUCAUUACCCGAUGAAAAUAACGUUCAUUUGGUGGAUUUUGGUAUGGCUAAGCAAUAUAGAGAUCCAAGAACAAAGCAACAUAUUCCAUAUAGAGAAAAGAAAUCUUUGAGUGGUACUGCUAGAUAUAUGUCGAUUAAUACUCAUUUAGGACGUGAACAACUGAGAAGAGAUGAUUUAGAAGCGUUGGGACAUGUGUUUUUCUACUUUUUAAGAGGUCAAUUACCAUGGCAAGGAUUAAAGGCACCAACAAAUAAACAAAAAUAUGAAAAGAUUGGUGAUAAGAAAAGAACCACACCAGCAGCAACACUUUGUGAUGGAUUACCAAGACAAUUUGCUGAAUAUUUGGAUCUGGUUAGAUCAUUACCAUUUGAUGCAGAACCAGCAUAUGAAGAAUAUAGAAUGCUUUUCUUGUCUAUAUUGGAUGAUUUGGGAGAAAGAUGUGAUGGAGAUUAUGAUUGGUUACAUUUGAAUGGGGGUAAAGGAUGGGAUUCAUCAAUUAAUAAGAAACCAAACUUGCAUGGAUACGGACAUCCUAACCCACCAAAUGAAAGAGAUAGACGUCAUAGAGAUCAAAGAAGAAGUAGACAACAUCAACAUCAACAACAACAAGCACAACAAUUGGGUGGAGGAUCUGCCAAUGUUACAGGACCAAAUGGAACCACUGGAGGUAUUGCAAGUGGAGGAAUCAGUCAACAACAUUUGCAACAACAACAGCUUUCCGCGGCUCAAUUGCAUCAACAAAAGUUACAACAUCUUGUUAAUAGACCAUUACCACCUAUCAAGCAGGAAAGUCAACCUGGAGGAGGUGCCGGGAACCAUCCUGAUCUUAUGGCUACACAACUGGGCCAUGGUGGCAAGGUUUCUGCAACCAAUAAAUAUGAUGCUUCACCUGCCAUUAUGACUAGAAACCAACAAUAUGAACAACAACAAAGAGUUGAUGAACGAGAAGAAAAGGGAUUCUGGGCAAAGAUGUGUUGUCAAUAAGCAAUGAAGUAAAUUUCUAUUUCACCUCAUCAUUUUUCUUGCAACCGUUCAAUUUCAAUUUCCCAUCAUUUUUUCUGUCUUGCAAUUCCAUUUGGAUUUGUUAUUAUUGUUAUAUACUCUCUAUUAUUCUAUGUUGUUUCCAAUGGAUCUGGUUGUCCAAAAGUUUAGGAAACUAAUUUCUUCUUAAAAUUUAAAAAAAAGUACUGAAAGUUUAAUAUAAAGACCUCAAUUAUAGACAUUGUA